GUUUUGAUGGUAAUUAGAACACUUGGCUAAAAUAGCUAUACGAAUGGGAUGGUAGGAAUCAAAGUCAUCGAAACGCAGCAAACCAUAAAGAUCCAUUAGCGCAUAAGUGCUAGAAUCACUGCUAGAAAGUUCAACGCCGCGUGCCAUCGUGUCACUUCGGUGCAAAAAAGUUUAUCGAUAAGCUGGAACUACGCUUGGAUAAUUGGACUACUGCGGAAUUCAAGUAUCGGCUUACAUCUUAUGUGGCUGGUGUUCACGCGUGCAAUCCCUGGGACUUGGGUCUUUAGGAAGUGGAUUAUGCCUGUAUCUAUGGUUUGGGCCUUGGGGUGAUUUAUCAAAGCACUUAGCAGUUAGACACUAUAAGAGAAGCUUUAUCGAACAGAUUCGACGGGAAGCUGUUCGUAGAUCUUCUGAGAGUCCGGGAUUUAUCGAGAUUAUAACAAUGAAGCGAAGUCCAUAUUCGAUAGCGAAAUAAGAUCCUUCAACGCGCCCUAGAAAUACUGGAAUAAACCACUCAAGAUAUCCCCCGAUCAGGUUUCACCACGUCUUCCUGCAAAGGUAAGAGCGACCAGCGAGAUUUAGAGCGACUAUCGCGGCACGCAGGUCGCGUAGUGACACUUCACUGAUUCACCAAAAACAUGUCCAGUCAACCUUUCGCCCUCAAGAAUGCUCGCGCUAGUCCCACAAGCGCUCCUCGGCAGUCAUGGGGCGAGCCCUCCUCCUUCCGGUACGAUAGCGACGGCGACAGCUUCUCGGACACGGAUUCGUACGAGAACAGCUACCGCCACUCAGACCCCCUGUCCCCAAGAAGUGACUCCCCAGCGAGCAUCUCCAGCGCCGGAACUUCCAACAUGCCACCGUCCCCACUCACCUUCGGCUUCGAUCCUGAGUCCUUUCAAUUCUAUCAGACGGUAAAGCCAUCCGCCGUGAUGCUGGAGGAAUCAAUAGACAGUCUCCCACAUGGGUCGCAAAUGAAGAAUACUCUUAUACACAUCCGACACCAGAUGAAGAAGAGCCUGCUGAGAUUAAAGGAGCUCGAGGAUCAGGUCCGAAACAUCCCGACGCUGCAGGUACGCAUCUCAGUGCUGCAGGAGGAGAAGAGACAGCUGCUGAGGCAGCUACAGGCCAACGGAGGCAGGAAGAAGAGGUCGGGAUACGGGCAGGAUCUCUACCUGAACUCCCUGAGGCAGCGAGGCUGUAAGAGCGACACAGAGGAAGAUAAUGACGAGUUUAGCUCCAUCAGGAGAAAGCUGCGACAACGGCUGCAUUCGGCCGGCGAUCAACCCAACGAGGAGAAUGUCUGUGACCGCUGCAAGGGGAGCAUUGCUGCUAUCCUGCCAAAAAUGCGCAUUCCCAGGUCACGAGGAACGCAGACGAAGAUAGAAGGGGUCAAUAACUUGAUUUGGGACGGAAAAUGGAGUCGGAACGGAGCCGAUAUCAACGGCAAUGUUCCACUAAGUCGCCGAGUAGAGACCCGGUCUGUCGGUGUAGGAAUGAUGAGGUCUUUUACUAAGGAGUGUGGUGUCGGUGACAGUGUCGCCGUGCAGAAAGUUGAGGAUUCUGGGAUUCAAAGUUCUGUUGCCAUGGUAGAGCAGGCUUGUGACGCCAUUGAUGUGUCACGCGAUGAUGUUGGUGUCACGGUCAAGCCUUUGUUAAAGUCCAAAGCCACCUCCACCUUGGAUAUCGCCCAAGAUAAUGGCAAACCAGAGACGCUUAAUGCGCAGACUCAGACUGGUUUCUCUGAGCCGUUUGUAUCGGUUGGAGUCGGGAUCUGCGCAGUGGAUGAUGAAUUCUGUACUCGCUGCGCAACCGUGGAAGCGAGUUUGUCUACGAAGACUGUUGACGAGAUAAUUGCAACACAUAUCGAUCUUCCCGUCCCCAGAUCAAUAGGGACAGGUGACGCCUCGCUCACUGAUAGCUACCUCUGUGACCGAUGCACAAAUCUGGAAAUAAGGGACUCUGGAUCAGGGGACUUGGGAGUGGAUGAUCCCUACAUGUGCCAGAGGUGUACUGAUGUUAAGACCUCGGAUUCCGGUUGCGGUGAUACCAGUAUAACUGAUAACUACUAUUGCUAUCGCUGCUAUAACUUGUCCACGCGGUCUGUAGGAUCGGGGGAAUUCGACGUUACAAACACUGUUUGUGAUAAAUGUACCAAUGACCCAAAACGGUCACUGAAGAGAACGCAUAGUGUUGGUGUCGGAAGCUGUCGGGUCACCGACGUUUUAUUGAUUGCCAACGAGUGUCGGUCGUUGGGUGUUGGCGAGCACGCAGUCUCAGAUCUGUUCUGUGAUAGGUGCACGAACAUAAAAACCAAAUCAGCAGGAAGUAACACUGUUACCAUGGGGACGAGAACAAUAGGCGUGAGUGAUAGCUGUUUGAGUGACAGCUAUUGUGACAGGUGUAUGAAUGUGCGGACGCGUUCACUCGGUGUCGGGGAAUGUUGCUUGACUGAUAACUUCUGCGAGCGAUGCUUCCAUCUCCAGACAAAAACAAUAGGCACUGGUGACUAUGAUAUCAAUGACAGCGGAUACGAUCUGAGAGCAACCGCUGACCGCAUCUGCGAGCGGUGCUCGAGUCGCCAGACAAAAACAAUAGGCACAGGUGACUAUGACGUCAGUGACUGCGCAAACGAGCCGAGAACAACCGCUGACUGCUAUAUCAGGGGCCCUAAAGUGAUCCACAUCAAUGGCGAUGCAGAGAAAGCUGAGAUUUCUUGUUAUGUGACAAAGAAGUACUCGACUUCGGAUGACUUUACGGACAGUAGCGAAAGGAGCGAAACAACUGCUUCGACUCUUACAGGCAUUAGCGACACUCUAGAGUCAGAUAACGACUCUAUUGAUCACGAUAACCCGAGCAGUGACAGCACUGGGCAGAUGAGCGAGCCCACAGACGCGUCCAGCGGAUUCCACCAGACGCGCAUUAGGAUAAACGAAGAAGUUGUUUUGGCUUGCAAGCUGCUAAAUGGACAUUUGUACAAGGACAAGGAAAUCGGCAGAGAACAGAUGGUUUCCUGCAUGGGCACGGUAGAGAGCAACUGGUUUGAUAGCGUGUCGACGACAAAGUGUCGCAGUGACGUCAUUCGCAGCUACAUCAAGACCUUUCGGACGCAUAUUCCUGUCCUCUUGGAGACGAUUGUUAACCUGUCGGACGCCGAGGGAAACAAUGCCCUUCAUUAUGCUGUGACGUACAGGAAUUGGAAAGUAGUGAACGUCCUGCUCAACACAGGCUGCGUCGAUGUGAACCUCGUGAAUAAAGCCGGCUACUCCAGUGUGAUGCUUGCGGCGGUAACGGGCUGUCAGAAGGAUCAGUAUCGUAACGUUGCUCGCCGUCUCUUCCAGAUGGGGGACGUCAAUAAGAGAUACGGCGAGACUGGUCAGACGCCGCUCAUGCUGGCCGUAAGCCGAGGGAGACUGGACAUGGUUGACUUGCUUUUGGAAACCGACGCUGACGUCAAUGCGCAAGACAAUGAGGGGUCGACCGCAAUCAUGUGCGCAAGUGAACACGGGCACACGAAUAUCGCACGGAGGCUACUUGCACAGCCGCACUGUGACUCCUCCAUUGAGGAUAACGAGGGUAGCAGCGCGAUGUCUAUAGCGAUGGAAAGGAACUUCAAAGACAUCGCAGUCUUGAUAUACGCACACUCUAAUUUUCCACCUCCAAGUCCGGGGAGGAAGCGCACAUCGGUUGUAUGAGUGUUUGGUGUCAUAAACAAGCAGAGACCGCGCCUAUCGGACCGCCCUUUUCAAUCUGUGUAGAGCAAACCGAGAGAAGCCUGGGGAAUAGGCUAAAUGAGCUCAGUGAAAACGUUUGAGUUUGUCCAAAUAUAUUUGACGGUUAACCUUCACUUAGCGUCAAAUAAUAUACACCAUUUAUAUCACAUUGUGUCAUCUAUAGAAUGAUGUAUGAUGUCAUUGGUAUAGGCGAAGGGAUAUGACAUUUAUUUAUCACAUAUUUUAUUUAAAGUUAGUUUAUCACGAGAGAGCAUUCAUGCUCUCUUGUUUAUCAUUAUUAUUUUUCUCUUUUCUUCUUUGAAAAUAAAUUGCAAUUAAGUUUUUUUUACGAUAGACUAAUAUUUUAUCGAGAAUGGAAUGUUUUAUGUAUGUUGUAUUUUAAGAUACGGUUUUACAAUACGAAGGUUGUUCUAAAGGGUUUUAUAAAUAAGGAUCAAUUAAAGCACCUUACCAAGUAACCGAAUUUCAAUUAGAACUUCUGUUGAAUAAAUUGUUAUUGAGAACAAUAUAGAAAUGACUAAAGCAUUUUGUAUAUUGCAGAUAUAUAUUCAUGUUUGAUAACGAAUAAACAGAUAAAGGUUUUACAGAGA